UGGAUUGAAGAAUAUUCGGAGUUAUGAAGACCUUCACAAGUUCAGUUUGGAAGAGCCUAACAUUUUCUGGGGCAGGUUGGCCAGAAGUCGACUCACCUGGUUCAAAGACUUUGAUGAAGUCAAAGAUGUUGAUAUGGAUGGUGGAAAAAUUAAAUGGUUUUUGAAUGGGAAAAUAAAUGCCUCAGUCAAUUGCAUUGACCGUCACAUUGAUUUCAAAAACACAACCAAAGAUCGUGAUCGUGUUGCCCUGAUUUGGGAGAAAGAUGAGCCAGGUUCUGAAGAAUACAUCACAUACAGGCAGCUAUAUGAAAUGACCAACAGAAUUGCUAACACCCUGCUAAGCCAUGGUGUAUCAAAGGGUGAUCCAGUUGUCCUCUACCUGCCUGUCUCCCCUAUCGUCGUGGCUGCGAUGUUAGCCUGUUCCAGGAUUGGAGCGAUCCAUAGUGUGGUGUUUGCUGGAUUCAGUGGUGAGGCACUCAGGUCAAGAAUAAAUGAUGCCAAUGCUAAAGUUGUAAUCACAGCGGACCAAGGCGUUCGUGGUGGAAAGUUAAUAGAACUUAAACGAAUCGUUGAUGCUGCAGUUGCCGAAUGUCCAAAUGUGGAGAAAGUGUUUGUUUCUCAGAGAACUGGUAAUCAGGUGCCGAUGGGCAAACUGGAUGUGCCUUUGGAAAAGGAAAUGGCCCAACACUCUACGGAAUGCAAACCAAGAGAAAUGGACAGUGAGGAUUUCCUGUUCUUUUUAUACACCUCGGGGAGUACGGGCAAACCGAAAGGGAUUGCUCAUUCUCAUGCAGGGUAUCUGCUCUAUGCAAUGAUGACACACAAGCUUGUAUUCAACUACACCCCUGGUGAUAUCUAUGCGUGUGUUGCCGAUAUCGGUUGGAUCACCGGCCACAGCUACGUCCUCUAUGGUCCUCUCCUAAAUGGUGCUACAUCUGUCCUCUUUGAAAGUGUCCCCACCUAUCCUGAUCCUGGGCGUUACUGGGAAAUGGUGCAAAGACUGAAAAUAAAACAAUUUUAUGGUGCUCCGACAGCGAUACGAUUGCUUUUACGUUAUGGGGAGGAAUGGGUCAAGAAAUAUGACAGGUCAACUUUACGGACAUUAGGAUGUGUUGGUGAGCCGCUGAACCAUGAAGCCUGGGAAUGGUAUCAUCACGUGGUCGGUGAUGGCAAAUGUGAUGUGGUCGACACCUGGUGGCAGACAGAGACUGGAGGAAUCAUGAUAGCACCACGACCAGCAGGCCCUCAUUCUGAGAUUAUCUCUGGUAUGCCUAUGAGGCCUUUCUUAGGCAUUCAGCCAGCGAUAGUGGAUGAAAAGGGUGAAGAAAUGACGGGAAAUGACGUCAUGGGUGCUUUAUGUAUCAAGAAACCUUGGCCAGGAAUGGCAAGGACCAUCUACGGUCACCAUGACAGAUUCCUAGAAACUUACUAUAAACCUUUCCCUGGGUAUUAUUUCUCGGGUGACGGAGGGCAUCGCCACCCGAACGGUUAUUAUCAGAUCACAGGGCGAAUGGAUGAUAUUAUCAAUGUGAGCGGACAUAGGCUCGGUACAGCUGAAAUUGAGGAUGUUAUGGAUGAGCAUGACAUGGUUGCUGAGACAGCUGUAGUGGGAUUCCCCCAUGAGAUCAAGGGAGAAGGCGUCUAUGCCUUUGUGACGUUAAUGGAAGAUGUGACUGAACCACGCGACGAGAUUCUUAAAGAGUUGAAAGAUUUGGUGAAAAGAAAGAUUGCUUCUUAUGCUGUGCCUGAGAUGAUACAGAUCACAUCGGGCCUACCGAAAACACGAUCAGGGAAAAUCAUGCGUCGUGUGCUGAGGAAAAUUGCGGCGAAUAAACCGGAUGAGUUGGGAGAUGUGUCGACGCUUGCUGACCCACAAGUUGUUGAGGCCCUGGUCAAGAAUCAUCAGGUGAUUCAUUCACAACACCAGGAGACGAUGAAGACUAUGCACAAGUGAUGAGCAAACGAUUUUGAAGUUCAUAGGGCUGAGAUAUUCUUGUUAGGCAUUCUCUACUUGGUGUUUUAGGCUUGAUAUAAGUAUGGGGCUCUACUAGAAAUCGCAAAGAUAUACACAACCACCUAGAGCAAAUGCUGAGUAGGAAAACGCCCAGACAAUACGGUUCCACACGGGUUAGUGGUUUGUUACUUUGGACAUUUUCAGAAUCUUUGUAGUGUUUCAAAGACAGUUAUACAAUGUAGGAUGUUUUGCACAAAUUGACAUUUUACAUGUAUGGAUUCAUGAAAUUGUGUCUAUUUUCUAUGUUAAUUGGUUACAAUUCAUAUUGAUACACUUGGUGCUUUUGAUUUUAGAUAUUCCUUAUUUUGAAUAUAUUUUAUGGAUUUAUUGUUGGACAAAAUUUGGAGCUCAAAUAAAGUUGAUACUCUACACCAAAACUGGAGGAAUGUACAAAAUGUGUGGCAUUAUUCAACAAAGAUAGCAAUAUAGGGCUGAACACCUCAAUAACUGACAUGUAUAACCCUCUCCAAUUCCAAUUGACACAAUUUGGUUUUGAUAAUAAAAGACGAAAACUUCAUGUAGAUUUACACUUGGACUGUCUGGACAAAACUGAAGUAAAAGCAUUUACUUUGUCUCUAUUCCUAUUACCAUUGACUGAUCCUUGAGUCAUGUCAGCUGUUCCUGUAUAUAACAUGUGAUCAUUUUCAUAUUUGCUUUUUAGUAGAAUUAUUACAUUGUAAAUAUGUGUUGAUUUGUUGAUUUCUAAAACCUUUUUAAGGCAGCUUGAGCUUGAAUGAAAAAGAGGCAUAGAUUAAAGUAUAUUUAUAUGGAAGAUGGAAAUUUGAUAUAUUGGUACAUGUAAUUGUAUUAUGUAUUACAACGUGCCAAUUUCAGUUUAGAAAUGUUAGUAUAAAGAAUUGUAUGUCCAUGUGAGCAAUGUCUCAUGUACGUGCUGGACUUGAAUGUCAAUUUCAAAAUGAUGUUAAUUCACAUUUGAGAUUGUUAAAGCGCUCUCAGGGGUUGUCCUGCACUAUUGCGUUGAUAUGAUAUCACCUUAGAGUGACUUAGAUAUAUAAGUUAUGGGUUAUCUAUAAAGUAUUAUCACAUGAAGGGGUAUCAGGACUUUUUUGUAAUCUUACUCUUUACUCUAAUAUACACCAAAACACUAAUGUAGUAUUUGGUCAUGCAUGCAGGCCCAUUCUUUUAAUCGCAGCUAGCUUAAUCCACAGCUGUCCAUGUGUGUGUCGGUCACACAUCCAUGUGUAAACUUUUGUAUGUCAAAUUAUAUUUACAAACAGUAUGAAUAACUUUCCAUCCUGUCAUCUGAAUUGUAUACUGAAUAAA